CCGCCGCGGCUCCAUGGCUCCCCGGACGCGCCGGCUGCUCCCGCCGGGGGCGGCCUGAAGAGGAGGAGCGCGGCGGCGGCGGCGCUUGCCGGCGCACUCUGGAUUGACGCCACUGGAGCCUUUUCCCUGCCACCAGUCAUGUUGGCCUGCCUGCAGAGGACACAGAACCCGCCCAGCCAGCACCUCACCUGCCCAAACAAGGCCCUGGAGCCACGCAAGUGUGAAGUCAUGGCUCCCCUGCAUUCCCCGCGAUACCCCAGCCCAGCUGAACUGGACGCCUACGCGCAGAAAGUGGCCAACAGCCCCCUCACCAUCAAGAUCUUCCCCGCCAACAUCAGGGUCCCACAGCACAAGCACCUUAACCGGACAGUGAACGGGUACGACACGACGGGGCAGCGCUACAGCCCCUACCCUGUCCACGCCAGCGGCUACCAGGGACUGCUGGCCAUCGUGAAGGCUUCCUCCUCCUCCAGCAAAGGCGUGGUGAAGAGCACGGAGGGCAAGCGGACUAAGAUGUCCCCUGCCCACGUGGCCGUUGCCCCCUACCCUGUGACGAGCACUUUAGCCCCAGGCCCCUCCUGCGCAGCGCAGCUGGCCUACCACAGCAGCCAGAAGCAGAUGGAGGCCCCCGCGGCCCCCAACGUCACGCUAGCCACCUCGACGAUCCCGCAUGCUGGCAGGAGCCUGGCGCUGCCCCAGUCCAACCUGCCCUCCAUCCAGAACAUCAUUUUCCAGAUCAAUCAGCAAUGUCAGGCGCAGGCCACCCAGCCACUGUGCCAAGGGGUAGUGGUAGCCAACCCCAGCCCCGCCAAGCACAGCGCCGCCGCCACCGCCGCCGGAUUUGCCACCAUGGCGACGGUGGGUGCUGCCGUGGCGUACGCGGGUGCCGUGCUGCCUGACUGCCGCAAGGGGGCUGAGCUGGUGGCAGGCUCCACCCGGGUGGUGGGCACCUUGGUUGCAAAGGCCAGCCUCUACCCCGAGGGCAUGGACUACCUGCUCUGGCAGCAGCAGAAGCCGCAGCAGCAGCAGCUGCGCAUGUACAGUGCGGGCAGCGGGGGCGGGGGCGCCGUCAGCAAGUCCCCUGAGGUGUGCGCCGGGGUCCUGCGUGCCUAUCCCAUGACGGGUACGGCCGACAAGGUGAGCUCGUCCCCGUUGAACUGCGUGGGCAUGCACGGGAACUUCUCAGUGGGGCAGUACUUUGCUCCCCCCUGGAACAGCAUCCUGGUCACCCCCAACAGCGACUGCUACAACCCCCCGGAGCUGGCCAACGGGCACCGCGAGCUGGGCGUCCAGCCCUCGGACGGGCUGCCCAGCUUGCCCAGCAAGACGCUCUGCAAUACCUCUGUCCUCAGCAGCAGCCUGCAGUCGCUGGAGUAUCUCAUCAACGACAUCCACCCUCCGUGCAUCAAGGAGCAGAUGCUGGGCAAGGGCUACGAGACGGUCUCCGUGCCGCGGCUCCUGGACCACCAGCACGCCCACAUCCGCCUGCCCGUCUACAGAUAGGAGCCGCCGGCACUCUGCUCUGAACCUGGAGGGCAAACCGCUUCAGCUACAGACCCCCCUUUCCCCCUGCUUUGCCCUCCCCAGCACCGCCAGGGCCCAGACGGCCGCGGCAAGCAGGGGCCCCGAGGAACGCAGGCAGAGGCAGGCAGCAGCAUCCAGAGACUCGCUGGGAUCAUAGAGCUUUGGUUGUGCAACCGGCUGCCCUGGGAUGGAGGAAAUUGCUUGUCUAUAUAGCUCAGAAGUUUUUGUUUCUAUUUCUUCAGAAUGUGAACAGGGAGAUGCUGUCCAAUUUUGCUGCUAAUCCAGGGAGAGAAGGCUUCGCUGUGUGUGUGUGUGUGUGUGUGUGUGUGUGUGUGAGAGAGAGAGAGAGAGAGAGAGAGAGAGAGAGAGAGAGAGAGAGAGAGAAGGGGCGUGUGAGUAUGAGUCUGUGACCAGUUGGAUUUGCAUGUGGAGGGGUCCCUUUCCGCUCUCCCAGAAAGACGUUUCUGUCCUGUGCUGAGUUCAAGUGGGAGCUUUAUGUGCAUCACGGUGAGGGGGUGGGCGGGAGUGGAUCGAGCCCCUUCCCCAGCCUGCUCCUAGGAAUCCAGGUGGCUUAGUUGUGUAGCUUUGCCUACUUUCUAGUUGAAGUCUGUAACUUGCACUGUUUCGAUUUAAAGCUAAUAAUUGGGGAAAGGUGUGAAGCCUAUUUAAGGAAGGAAGAAGAAAACACUUGAAAAAAACUUGAAGCGACUUUUUUGUUUUGUUUUAGUUGAAUCUACUGUACAUUUCUGCGUUUGGCUGCUACACAACGGAGUCCCUCUGCCCUAUGUCAGCAUAGCCCUAGGUGAUUUUUUAAAAUUAAAACCUUACAUUUUAUUGUUAUUGUUAUUAAUAUUAUUUUUUAACGGCAAUAUUGCAUUGCCUGCUUUUGUCUGGGAAGCCAGCCUAUUCAGCCAGGAAGUUGUGCUAGAAAGAAUGAGAGGCCAUAUUGGAAGGAUUGUCGUUCCCCGCAGCCCCCCCCCCCGUUGGCCGUUCAUUUUGACUAUUUCUGUCUCUUUCAAGCCCACCUGUGUUGCACCUGCCUGCGGAUGCACAAUUUGAAAGGGCAGAGUCCGGGAAAGAAACUACCGGUAAUUUACCUCUGAAAUGUCACAAGCAGAAGACUUGCUCCAGUUUUGUUUCUCCCAAAAAGUUAAUGGGAUCGGACCCACAAGGGCCCAUGUGACGUCAUGCAAUAGGUCCCCCUGCAGCUUGGCUUGUGGCCCGUGGUUUUUGCAUUAGGCUGGACCCAGGUCUAAAUCAGGUCAGAAGCGUGGCUGGGCGGUGGACAAGUGGGGUUCGUAAAUGAUUUCAGAAGAAUUGGAGGUGAGCGUAGAUUUCUCCUCAGCCCAGCCAGUGUCGUGUCCAUUACACAACUCCUCCUCGCCUCCACCUGCUCUGAUCAAGUUGCAGGAGCCUUAUGGGUUCUCAGACAACACAUGCUGUUUCCUUGUUGGCAGUGUCUACUGUUAGAGAGGCAGGUUGCAGCUGAGAGGAGUAGGACUAAUCCCAUUGAAUGCAUCCAGUGUGUUGUGUUUAGUUUUUCUUUCCAGCAUAUUAUAAUUUGCUUACUUUAAUUUCCUUUUUUUAAAAAAAGAACUCUCCAAAAAUAUUCCUUCUCUCUUGUCAUUCAACCCAUGUAAUUUAUGUUUUAAUAAGUUUUAUUCAAGGGACCUGCUUUGCGGGAGUCACAGAGGAGUUUCCUCCCUCCCCUCCCCACUGUUUAAAAGAAGGAAAAAAUAAGAGUGGCCCAAAAGGGGUUGUGCUCUGAAUAUAGAGGUACUGUGUCCUUAACCACCUGUUCCAGCACUAAGUGCAUUUACAAAUCUCUGAGAAUGUGUUUUUUAUAUGAAAAAGUGACCAUUAUAUUCUACUGUGAGAAGUGCAUUGUGCACUAUAUUGUUUUAAAAAUGAGAGAAAACAAAAAGUUGGAAAAAAAACAGCAAACGAU